GGAAACCUGGCCUUAGUCCCGCCCCCUCCCCUCGAGGCUGGGCUCCGCGGUGGGGGAGUUGGAGUCAUGACGGCGCGGGGGACUCCGAGCCGCUUCUUGACCAGUGUCCUCCACAACGGGCUAGGUCGCUACGUACAGCAGCUGCAGCGUCUCAGCUUCAGCCUCAGCCGUGACGCGCCCUCAUCCCGCGGCGCCAGGGAAUUCGUGGAACGGGAGGUGGCCAACUUCGCCCGACGGAACCCAGGGAUCGUAAUAUACGUGAAUCCGCGGCCGUGCUGUGUGCCCAGAGUCGUGGCCGAAUACCUUAACGGGGCUGUGCGUGAGGAGAGCAUCAACUGCAAGUCGGUCGAGGAGAUCACGACUUUGGUGCAGAAGUUGGCGAACCAGUCGGGCUUGGACGUAAUCCGCAUCCGCAAGCCCUUCCACACAGACAGCCCUAGCAUCCAGGGCCAGUGGCACCCCUUCACCAACAAACCAACCACGUGGGGCGGACUGCGCCCCCGAGAGGUCCAGGAUCCUGCCCCAGCCCAGGUGCAAGCGCCGUGAAGAGUUGCUCCAACUGCAGUUCCAGUGGAGGUGGUUCUUCCUCUUUUGGUUCAGGGAAUUCCAAGCCCAGGCAAACAAAUGGAGCCCACGGAAGGGGAAUUUGAUACCGAGGCUUUUGCUUGGGAUAAAGAAUCAAUGCCUGUUUCUUUUUUGUGCCCACUGCGAGGGUCAGUGAUUUUUGUGUCUAAUUUUAUCCAGUUGACAUUAUUGAAAUCCGAGAGUGUUGCAAGAUUUUACAAGGGUCUUCAUUUCUGAAAUCCAAAUUGAUAGUAGUGAUCUCAGAUCACAGUGAGGGAUUUUGAGGCCGGUUUCUGAAAAAUCCUAUUGUCCUUGAUGUCCUAUUUCUGCAACCAUUGAGCUAGAGAGAGCUAGCACUUUAUACUCUGCUGUGAGCCUGGCAUUGGGCUAGGCACUUUAUAGCUGUGUAAAUGUUUGUGUACAGAUUAGAAAACUGAGGUUAAUAAACUUGCCCAUGGACACACUUGA